AUGGAAGGUUACACGACGUCUGCCCCGGUAGACUGCACCAAAGAACUUGAUACAGGCAGCUUGAAGGGAAAAACAGUCAUUGUGACUGGAGGUGCGAAUGGAAUCGGAGAAGCAUACGUAAGAGCGCUUUCCGCCGAAGGAGUCAAUGUGUGCAUCGGAGACUUCGACGAAAAUCGGGGUGAGAAGAUUGCGUCGGAAUUGAAGAAUGCAAAGUUUGUAAAAUGUGACGUCUCAAACUGGCAAGAUCAGGCUCGCAUGUUCGCUGAAGCUGCAUCUUUCACCGGUAAGGUCGACUUUGUCGUAGCCAACGCGGGUAUCUGCCCUGAAGAUGAGAUUUUUGCCUUCGAAGAUCAGGAACCCAAAGAACCAAAUUUGAAAGCUGUUGAUGUCAAUCUCAAAGGAGCACUCUAUAGUACCAAACUUGCACUCCACUACUUCAUCAAGCAAAACGGAGAGAAACAAUCGCCGCGCCAGGAAGACACAUGUCUGGUAUUGAUUGGCUCUGGUGCCGCAUUCCUUGAUGUUCCUCGAGGACCUGUAUAUCCAGCAACAAAGUUUGGCGUGAGAGGUAUCAUGCAUUCUCUUCGGAGAACAGCACAUUAUCACGGCAGUCGGAUUAAUGUUAUCUCCCCAUGGUAUGUCAGGACAGCGAUACUGCCAGAAGAAGCUUUCGAGCACGUCAAAUCGGUUGGCGUAGAAUUUGCAACAACAGAGGAUGCAAGAACUACCCUCUUGCGGAUUUUGUCUGACAAAUCAAUCAAUGGCAAAUCUCUGUUCCUCUCACCAAGAAAAUGGGCACCAAAAGGAUAUCUGGACCUGGAUAUUGACGAUUUUCCUGGGAAUGACCUGCUUCAGGAGAUCCAAACAGAUCAAAUGAAACCAGCUCCCCCGGAGAAGGGCUUGUUCUUGUCAUAA